AUUUUAUAUAAACUUUACCUAUGAUAUGAAGCAACAUCAGCAUCCCUUGGAUUGCACUCUUGCAUUCUCCCUUCCAAAAAUCCAAUGGCUGAUCACAUAGCGACUGGACAACAACUCGCGAACAAAGCGGAGAAAAAGCUCUUUUGUUGUUGCGCCCUGUUUGGUUCCAAUUAUCAAGAUGCCGCUGAACUCUUCCUCAAAUCUGCUAAAUCAUUUAAACUCGCCAAAUCAUGGGAGAAAGCAGGUUCAAUCUUCAUCAAAUCAGCUAAAUGUCAUAUCAAGUUAGAUAACAAGUUUGAUGCUGCCAAGGCUUAUGUAGAUGCUUCUCAUUGUUUCAACAAAACAUCUAGAAAAGGAGCUAUAACAUGUUUGAAUCAAGCAGUAACUAUCUUCACCGAAAUUGGUCAACACGUCAUGGCUGCAAGGUAUUGCAAGGAAAUCGGUGAGUUAUAUGAGCUCGAUCAAGACUUAGAGAAUGCAAGAUCAUAUUUUGAGAGGGCUGCUGAACUUUUUGAUAUUCGCGGGGAUUCAACCACCUCUGUGAUCCAGUGCAAACAGAAAGUCGCACAAUUUUCUGCUCAACUUCAAGAAUAUCAGAAAGCGAUUAAGAUUUUUGAAGAUAUUGCACAACAAUCUUUGAACAUCAAUUUAUUGAAAUACGGAGUUAGAGGGUAUCUUCUUAAUUCGGGCCUUUGCGAGCUUUGUCGAGGGGAUAUUGUUGCAAUUACCAACGCGUUGGAGCGGUAUCAGGACUUGGAUUUAACAUUCUCUAGAACUCGCGAAUACAAAUUUUUGGCUGAUUUGGCUGCAUCAAUUGAUAACGAAGAUGUUGCAAAUUUUACUCGAGUAGUCAAGGAGUUUGAAAGUAUAACCCGCUUGGGAUCUUGGAAGUCAACCCUUUUAACUAGAGUUAAGGAUGCUUUGGAAGCGAAGGUGAUGGAAGAGGAUGAUUUGACAUGAUGAUUUGACAUGAUGACAAAUGAAGUUAUCUCACUUUGUAAAUAUCAGUGGUAUACUAAAGAUAUUAUGUUGUGUUGUAUUAUAUAGUUUAAGAACAACAACCCUUCACUAUACGAAAAAUACAACCAAGAAAUACACAAUAUUUGAUCACGAAGUUCGGCUAAUUGUAUCUAUAUCUCGAACGACGAGGUGAUUGUAGUAACUCACAAUGCAAAUGGCUUCAACCUAUAUGUGAAAGCCACUUGAGAAUGAGGAACCAGACUUCCAUACUCCAACUUUCACUCCUAAGCCAAAUAGUAAAAUGGCGACAGAGAAAAAGAUACAUGUUGAUUAGAAAUAUAUACGUAGCAUGACUUAGGAAGUGUCUUUCUCCUAGUUCCCAGGAACAGAAGUGUUUAUCUUUAUGCCACUCAUGCUACCACUCAAUUUCUCGAUGAAGGAAGGGUCCUUUUAUGUGUUUGGAUUUAGAGGAGACACAAAAAGAACCACAAGCAUCAAAGAGCCGUGAGAUGGAGCCAUAACGCAUAUAUCCAACACAAUAGGAUCCACUACAUUUCUUUAGCAGAAGUUAUCACAUGAACAGAGAAAGAGAUGCAAAAUAAAAAUAUUCAAGUUCCUUUUUCCUUUCAAAGGGAGUAAAUGUUGAAGAAGGAGAAAUUCUAAGGUGAAGUCAUCCGAUUAAUUUUUUUUUUUGAAAUUGUAAAUUUGGCCAAUUAGAAAGCACUUUUGACUAAGUCUAUGUCACGUAUGAUUAUAUGGUGCACAUCAUUUCUGUUUAUUCCUCUCUAU